GCAGGGCUCUCGCGAGCUGCCAAGCUCCGCAGGGAGGCCAACUCCGCCAGCAAGGCCGAGCGGAAGGCGGCGAGUGCGCGGCGGGCCUUCGAGGAGGCCAGCCAGGCUGUCGGCGACGCCGAGGCCGAGCUGCAGGCGGCGCAGGAGAAGCUGGUGCUGGCAGAGGAGCAGCGGCAGUCGGCGAAGGAGCGGCUCACCAACCUGGAGGCGGCGGCUGCGGAGGCUAGGGAUAACCAGGAACGCCACCAUGUGUCCGGCGACGACCUCGCGGCCAUGCGUGGGCUCUUCGUGCAGCUGCGCACUCUACUUUGCCGACGGCUCACACGGCGGGCAACUUUUCCAGCGCUUGGGAGGCCACGAUGCGGCAAGUGGCGGCAGUCGAGGCCAUGCUCCCGCUGGCGCAUGCGGUGCCAGUGCCGUCUCCGCGGGAGUGCUGGGGUGACAGCCACCUGCCGACCGACGGCGGCGAGGUCGACCCAGCCUCGGAUGUGGAACUGCUGGGCCCGCAACCCGCAGCGGAGCGCGGCCAGGCUGAGAGGCGCGCUCCCGCGUUGGGAGCCUGGGCCAAGUUUUCGCCGUCCGUGGUCC